AUGGAUAAAUCCAUUUUAGAGAAAUUUCAGGGACUUCUUCCUGGUCUACGCAAAGGAUUUUUACAAUGGACGGUGAAUUUUACGAACAUUAUGUCUGGUUUUCUGUAUAUUGCAUUUGUCGUUUUAUGGAGCAUUAGUGCCUCUAUAUUUCGACGGAUCCUCUUGCCAGGGAUUUAUCUUUUUCUAACAAUUUCUAUGUUCUUUAUCAAAGCUAGUACGAUGCUCCUAUUGAUCAUUGCCGAUCCUGCCAUUCUCAUGAUACAAUCUGUAUACUGGUACUUUAUACGUGCACCAGCUCGCUUUGUUUUUAUGGUAGGUGUCACCCUUUAUCCAUUGUAUGUUUUGCUAUCGUGGGCCGUUUUCCUUGGUAUCGUUGCCGGGUUUCUAUUGCAUACACUAUUUUCCGCUUUGGAUUCCUGCUUUACUCCCAGUGUAGAUGAAAAAUCGAACAUACAGGAGCUUCCUGUUGCUUCUCCAAUAUUUUCUACUUUAUUAAAUGUGCAUAGCCAUCCAGAAUCUCCACGUGAACUUGCGGAUGACACUAAAUCAAAAAGCGCAGCCACCAAGUCGCAUAAGAAAAGUUCUUCUGUGUCUUUGAACGAAAAGGACGGAAAUAAGGACAAGAACUCUUCUCAAUCAGUAGAAAAACAUAAAAAAGAAGAUCCAAAGUUUUCGCCGGUUGAAACAAGGAUUGUUGCUGAAUUUCCAAUCCCUUCACCAGCUAGAAAACGCAAGCAUCGUUCGCCAAAAUCCGUGCGAAGUAAAUCGAUAAAUGCGUGA